CCUCGGGACCCAGCCCCAGCGCCAGGAAGGGUGGGGCGACCGGCCUGGCCGGAGGGGUGGGUCGGGAAGAGUCCCUUCCUCUUUUCUUCCCUAAGGUUCCUGCCAAGACCGCCGCAGCGACUCCGUAGACGUGUUGCGAUCUGGUUACAGCUGCGGCAGGCGUGGAUACGAGCUGGUCUGAGUAGAAGCAGAACAGAGCCCAGCUGGGAGCGUGCCCUGGGACGGCCUGGAUUCCUCCAGAGGGUCCCAGCAGCCCCCACACAGCCAUGCACUACCCAGCCAUGCUCCUGCUUCUCCUGCCUGGGGGCGCUGAGGCCUUUCGCAUCUGUGCCUUCAAUGGCCAGCGGCUGACGCUUUCCAAGGCGGCCAGAGAACAUGUGAUGGACACCUUUGUUCGGAUCCUGGCUCGCUGCGACAUCAUGGUGCUGCAGGAGGUGGUGGAUGCUUCUGGCAGUGCUAUCUCUCUCCUUCUCCGAGAACUCAAUCGAUUUGACAGCUCUGGGUUCUACAGCGUCUUGAGCAGCCCCUCGCUGGGGCGCAGCACAUACAUGGAGAAGUACGUGUAUGUGUACCGGUCACACAAGACACAGAUCCUGGAUUCCUAUGUGUAUGAGGACACGGAUGACCUCUUUGCCCGGGAGCCCUUUGUGGCCAAGUUCACUUUUCCCAGCAAGGUCCUUCCCAGCCUGGUGCUGGUCCCGCUGCACACCACUCCGAAGGCCGUGGAGAAGGAGCUGAACGCCCUGUACGACGUGUUUCUGGAUGUCUCCCAGCGCUGGCAGAGCCAGGACAUGAUCUUGCUCGGGGACUUCAACGCUGACUGUGCCUCACUGCCCAAAAAGCGCCUAGGGGAGCUGGUGCUGCGGACGCAGGCAGGCUUCCAGUGGGUGAUUGGCGACGAGGAGGACACCACAGUGCGGGCCAGCACCCGCUGCGCUUACGACCGCGUGGUGCUGCACGGGGGGCGCUGUCAGAGCCUGCUGCGCUCCGCGGCUGCCUUUAACUUCCCCAGGAGCUUCGGCCUCACUGAGGAGGAGGCCCUCAACAUCAGCGACCACUACCCUGUGGAAGUAGAGCUGAACCGGGCGGCACCCGGGCUCCCGCCUCUUGGCCUGGCCGCCCUGUUGCUGCUGCUGCUGCUCCUGCUCCCCCGCCUGGGCCUGGUGGCCUGAAGCAGCCCUGAACCUGCCGCCCGCAGAUGUGAGGACCGCGCUGCCUUCGGGACUCAGAUCCUGCUCGCUCCCCCGUGUGUGCUCCCUAGAGACUCCUCCAUCUGAUCGUAGCUCCACCCCACCGCAAUGCAACCCUUGGCCAUCUGCCUUCUCUUCGCUUGGCUUGUGUUCUUUGGUUGGGCCCCUGCCCGGCAUUAGAAUGUAGGGAGGAGGCAUGCCCUGAGGCUAGACGCAUGCCACUCUGCCCCCAGCUAGUGUCAGGAGUGGGGACAGAGCAGGCUCCAGGGCUGGGGGCUCAGGUGAUUUGCACUCAACUGCAGGGCUCAGAGAAGGGAAUCACAAUAGGUUGGAAGAUUUUAUUAGAUAACCAAAAGGAAACACCGCUGAGAACAAAAAGCUAAAUUGCGGGUCUAUUACAUACGUCAAGCGGAUGUGCCAAGGGGCCGUUUUUAUUACACACAGGAUCCCUAUGAAUCAAUAUUAAAAUUGCGGCAGACAGAGGGAUCCAUAAGCAGUUUACACGCACACACGCAUAGUAACU